UUUUAUACAGGCACUUUUAGAGCACCCUUGCGGACUUCCGUCAAKGUGUUUAAAGACCCCAUCAUGUCCAUGCUUGCAGAACCCCGGAGAAAACAGAAAUGGUCUAUUGACCCGCGGAACAGCGCGUGGAGUAAAGAUGAGUCCAAGUUCGGCCAGAAGAUGCUGGAGCGAAUGGGCUGGUCCAAGGGAAAGGGCCUGGGGAGAACUGAGCAGGGCUCCACGGAACACAUCAAAGUCAAAGUGAAGAACAACCAGCUGGGGCUGGGAACCACUGCCAGCCACGAGGACAACUGGAUCGCCCAUCAGGAUGACUUUAACCAGCUCCUGGCGGACCUCAACAACUGCCAUGGUCAAAACACUYCCAAUGAAGCCCUAUCAGAAGAGAAACAGCCGGAGAAGUCCUUCAGCCUGGAGGAGAAGUCAAAGACGUCCAGGAAACGGGUCCACUACAUGAAGUUCACCAAAGGGAAGGACCUGUCCAGCCGCAGCCAGACAGACCUGGCCUGUAUCUUUGGGAAGAGGGGGACGAAGCGCAUGGCCGAGGACCAGGAAGAGGAGAGCAGUGGGCCAGACUCCCAGGGAGUGAACGAGAAGGAGACCAGGGCUGUUACAGCACCAGCUACAAAGGUUACYACCCCUGAACCUGAUGUAGAGGCCAUCACCAAGACAGUCACCAGCACCCUCUCCAUGCAGGAGUACUUUGCCCAGCGGAUGGCUCAGCUGAAAAAGGGUCGUGGCGAGGCUCCCACUGCAACCUCAUCACCAGAGAACAGUGAUACGCAGCAAGUCCCGGCUGAUUUUGUCACUGACCACACAGAGGAAGUCACGUCAAAGAAGAAGAAGAAGAAGAAGAG